AUGUCUGUCAAUCAGUCUCACCCCCCGAGGGCUCCCAACCCAGGCACCUAUGUCCCCGCCGUGACAUUCUUCAACCCCGACACCGAUAGCCUCGACCUAUCCGCCCAAGCCAAGUACUUCGCCUACCUGUCCCGCACGGGCAUCACGGGCCUCGUCAUCCUAGGCACCAACGCCGAAACAAUGCUGCUGACGCGCGAAGAACGCCGUGCCCUGCUCCAGACGGCCCGCGCGUCCGUGCCACCGGGGUAUCCCCUGAUCGCGGGCGUGAGCGGCCACUCGACGGCUCAAACGCUCGAAUACACCCACGACGCCCACGCCGCGGGGGCAGACUACGCCCUCGUCCUGCCGGCGGCGUACUUUGCCAAACAGACGACCGCGGCCGUAGUGAGGGGUUUCUUCCGCGACGUGGCCUCGCAGUCCCCUCUCCCGAUCAUUAUUUACAACUUCCCCGGCGUGACGGGCGGGCUGGAUCUGGAUUCCGACAUGAUUGCCGCGAUCGCGCGGGAUUGUGGGAACGUCGUGGGCGUCAAGUUGACGUGCGGGUCCGUCGCGAAGAUCACGCGUCUCGCGGCGGCGUUUGGCCCGGACCGGUUCGCUGUCUUCGGCGGACAGUCGGAUUUCCUGCUCGGCGGGCUCGUCGCGGGGAGUGCCGGGUGCGUGGCGGCGUUUGGGAACGUGUUUCCCAGGAGUUUCAGUCGGAUUUAUGACCUGUGGAUGGCCGGGGGGAGGGAGGAGGCCCUGAGAUUGCAGAGCUUGUUGGCUGUGGCGGAGGGGGCCAGCAAGAUCGGCGGCGUGGCUUGCGUCAAGUAUGCCGCUGCGGUGUUUACGGCGCCGAGGGCUGGGAUUGAUGCUGCCGAGGCGGUGGCGUUGCUGAGGCCGCGACGGCCGUAUCAGGAGGUGUCUGAGGAGGUCAAGUCGAAGGUGAGGGAAGUAAUGGCUGUGAUGGAUGGAGAGGAGAGUCGGUCGGAGGGGGAGGCGACAGAGUGGACAAGUACGGGGACGAGUGGCAGUAUGAGCGUGAGCGUGAGUACUCGCCUGUGA